AUGGUGACAAGAAUAUUGACGUAUACUGCAAGAGUAAGGCGUGUGAGAAAGGAAUGUGCACUACUUGUGCCCUCGUGUCUCACAAAGAACACGAUAUUUGUGACCUUGGAGAAUUCUGUGAUGCAAGCAAAAAAACAAAUCAAUUCCUCAUUAGAAGCUCUGAAGAAAGUAUCAGAAUCACAUACAGAAUACAAGAGCAAGCUUCAAGAGCAGAAUACUAAGCUAGAUAAAAUGCACGAGGUGCUGAUGCAGGGCAUUGAUGAACAUUCCAGUAAACUUGUAGUAAAGGUUAAACAAAGUUCAACGAAACUGAAAAGUUUGGUUGAGGACAAUGUAGCAAAGCAAAAGGCCAAGAGAGAAGAACAAAUCGCGCUGGUUGAUAAGUCAGAAGAGCUCAAAGCAGAGCACGUCUUGUAUUGUCAGCAGGCGCUGUCAUUUGCCCGAGACGUGGAAUUUAUUGAGAUGGCCAAAUCAUUGGAGAACAAAGGUAAAUCACUCAUGGAAGACUUAAAAGUGCUUGACUUGCAGGUGCACGAUGUCUUGCUGGAUACAGACGCUUAUGAGAAUCUAGAGAAGAGCAUUGGACAGAUCUCCAUACACGAAGCUGAUUCCUGGAAGCCGUCAUAUGGAUACCCCAGUAUCCAAUUAACCCAGUCCGCAGUUGCAACACCAAUGAGUUUACAUGCCUCAAGAUUCAGAUCCUUAUAAAGCACAACUAGGAGUGACUAAUCCGCAUA